AUGCAACCGGAAAGCUAUCAAACAAAACUAAGUGACAAUAUUCUUAUUCAGGUCACCCAUUCUGCAAACAGCAAGGAGCAGGCUAUCAUUGAAAUUCCUGUAAAUUUCAGCAGAAUUGAAUUGCAAUUGAUCCGUAAUGAGUUACUGACAAUAUUCCAAAUGUCAAAAAUAGCAAACGCUGCAAUGCCGCAUGAAAAUUGCAUAACGCGAUGGAAUCUUGAAGCACAGUCGAUUCCCAUGGAUUCCCGCAUGAAUGUGUGCUUUAACAUAACGGAAAUGCCUAAACACGGACAUAUUUACCUGCAUAAAAGCAACAAUGAUAAAAUCUACCUUGGUGUUGGAUCCAUUUUUCGGCAGUCAGAUGUGAAUGAAGGAGAACUGUUCUACAAAUUUCGACGUGUUAUAGAUAAUUGGUCAAGUGCAUCUUCGGGAGCAAACAAUGGACUACUUUACAUUAAGGAUGAAUUCCGAUUCAGAAUUCACGUUCAUUCUUAUCGACCAAGUACUGAACACAUUUUCUCCAUAAACAUUCUUGAAAGCACUGCGGAGUCAUCUUUCAGCCUUCCGAUGCCGAAUCAUCCAUUGAAAUUUCGCAAGCAAAUUGGAGUUACUCAGAAGGGCGGUGUUCUAAUAAUUCAGCCUCCCUUAAUCGAAGUCAAAAAGAGUAUUUGUAUGAAAAUUCCGAAUAUGGUCCACAGUUCAGAUGUAAACCCAGAAGACAUUGUCGUAAGGGCUGUAGGAAAACCGACGUCGGGUUGUAUCCUCCUAGACAACCAGAGUACCGACAAAUUUGACUACUCAGCUGUCCUCCGGUACCGCGUUGUCUACUGGCAGUGUAAACCGUUGCACGAUCGAACGUUCGGCCUCUCUGAUAUGGAUGAAAUACAAGCGGCAACUUCAGUGAAUCACUCUUUGAGUGUGGAAAAUUUUGAUGCCCUAACCAUGGAAGUAACGUUACCUGGAUCUCAAAGCUCAUUAGGGAGUGAUCGAGUGGAUGUCAAAGUCAAACUCAUAAUAAACGAUCUUACAUCAGUGAAUGACUUUAACAUGCACCCAACUAUAGAUGAACCCUUAAUACGAAUCGACUCAAAUCCUCUGUCGACAAUAUCGGCUAAUUCAAAUCCCCCAAAAUUCUUUAAUGUAAGAAUCUCACGGAAUCCAAGCCAACUAAGAGAUAUCCUUUCUCGUCACUUAGUCGAUACUGCACAGGAAACUUUCUUUAAAGUCCUGAAGGUUCCCUGUCAGAUCAAGCUAGUAAUGUUCAUUUCGGGGUUAAGUGUGGAGAAUGUGAUGACCUUUACCUCGAAUGAUUUGUUGGAGGGCAGAGUCUACGUGAUCCCUUCUGCUAAUUGCAAUAAUGAAAGAGUAGACAGUGAACUUCAUCUUCUGCAACAAAUCACUAAUAGCCGCGGACACACCCAUCAGCAACCAUUUACAAUUCGCAUUCAUGUCAGUCCCAGGAUUCAUUACCUGUCGGUAUGUUAG